AUGGCUAAGUAUAUAAACAAGGGCUCCUCCGGCAAGGGGGAGAUGAGCUUAGGUAAGGUUGAUAGGUGGUUUUUGAGGGAAGUGAAGGCCUGUUCGGCCUCGUCAUCCCAAGCGAAUUCUUUUCGCUUUAAAGCUUUAAAGAACGACAAGCUGGGGAAUGGAAGGAACAUUAACAUAUGGAGGGUCCCAUGGGUUGGUGAUGAGAAGGGGCGUUUUAUUGAAAGCGAUGAAAGGGAGGAGUUGAAGGUGGUUGGUGAUCUGAUAGACCAUGAGAAGAUGGAGUGGAGGUAUGACUUAAUCGAACGCAACUUUAACGAGAGGGACAAAAAAUGUAUUUAUGCUAUUCCUCUUAGUCUUCGUGGGGGAUGUGAUGACUACAUGUGGGCUUAUUCCAAGGAUGGGAAGUACACGGUUAAAACUGCGUAUAUGAUCGGAAAGGGGGGUGAUCUGGACGAUUUUCAUGGAGCCUGGGUCAACUUGUGGAGUAUGGACCUUUCGCCUAAAACCCACCAUUUUAUGUGGCGGAUAUGCACUCGUUCGCUGCAUGCGCGUGCAGCUCUUAAACAUAGGCACGUCGUGGAUAAUGAUGCUUGUCUGUGGUGCCCCGGGUUGGAGGAGAUGAUGGAGCAUGCCAUUUUCUCGUGUCCAAGAAUUCGCCACCUAUGGAAGGACUGUGGGUGCGAACAAAUGUGGGAGAAUUGCAGCGGUGAUGACAUCCUGGGAAUGGUAGAAAAAUGGGCUACACUAGAUGGUAAAAUGGUGCAAAGGGGCUACAUUUUAGCUUGGAAUCUAUGGUUCGAACGGAACAAAUUCGUGUUCGAAAAUGUCGUGACCCCUGUGGAGAUCGUGGUGCAGCGGGUGUAUAAACAAGCAGAGGAGUAUAAUACAUAUUCCAAGCUAAACUACUCCGGCUCGAUGAAGUCGCAACCACCGAGUGCCAAGAAGUGGGUAGCACCCUCGCCUGGGAUUAUUAAAAUUAAUUCCGACGCUUCCCUCUGUGAUGACGGUUGGGUUGGUUUAAGCGCGGUUGCUCGGGAUGAUAAAGGUCGAGUGCUCUUCUCUGUCGUGAAACGGAUGAAAGCGUGGUGGCCUCCGGAUGUGGCGGAAGCAAAGGCCAUCCUUCUAGCUGUGUGCUGGGUGAAGAAAAAGGGUCUUUCGAAUACUAUCGUGGAAUCAGAUGCGCAGAUGCUCAUUUCUCGCUUAUCAAUGGGAGCUCUGUUCUUCGCGGACCUGGAUGCUAUUCUAGGAGAUAUUAUUUCAUUAUGUUCUGAUUUCAAUUUCACUAUUUUCUCUUAUGUGAAAAGAGAUGGGAAUUUGGUCAUGAGCAAUGCUGGGUGA